AUGUCUGGACCUGAGCCUGCCGAUGAUGUCGACAUCGAUCAGAUGUGGAGGGAGACUGAGAUCGAAUUCCAGAACUUGAGCGGAAACAGCACCAAGGAUUUGAAACAGCUCACUGUCGAAGAUGUUCUCGCGAAUCUCCAGCAGAAAAAAGAGGCGGAUGCAAAAACCAGCGCAAGAUACGCAAGGGUUAAACAUGCUGUGGAUAAAACACUUGUUUGUAUUCAGACGCUUGGGUCCUUUGCUGCCUCUGUUGCCUCGAAUUUUUUCGGACCUUCAAACCUUUGCUUCAGCGCUGUUUCCAUGUUAAUAACGGCUUCCCAAAAGUAUUCCAAAAUUUUUGAUGGGCUCUCGGAACUUUUUGAGCGCAUAUCAACAUUUUUAGACCGAUUCCAAAUAUAUGCAAGAUCUAAGGUCGUCGGAGUCAAAAUUGACCCUCACCUUAGGCGGAUUAUCCAUGAUUUGUUGCGUAGCUUUGUACGCAUCUGUGCCCUGUCUAUCAAAAUAUCAAAACAUUCCAAGGUCCUUUUGGCACUUGAGGUAUUCAGUUUUGGAAGCGAUAAAGGUGUUUCCGCAGAACUUAGCAAGCUGGAAAAUCUGGUGCAGAAUGAAACUAAAAUGAGCAUUGCUCUGAUUCUGGAAUCCGCCAAGAUUAGCGAAGGGAAGAUCACAGCUGGAUUUUCGGAUGUCAAAUCAUCUAUUGAUACAGUCGACUCAAAGCUGGACACUCUUGAUGGACACAUGGAUAGUGUCUCCACCCUUUUAGAAAAACAUGACCUUGCUGAAAGACGUAGGGAUCAGGAAGGGCAAUCUAAACAGCGACGAGACAAAAUUAAAGCUGCUUUGAAAAUCGACAAAGAAGUGUGGAGGUCAUACCAGGAAGAUUAUGUGAGCAACAUAGUCCCAGGAACCGGCCAGUGGCUUCUGAACGAUCCCCAAUUUUCUGCCUGGGCAGACCCUAAUACCAAGUCGCCCCCAAUAUUUGGUCUCAAGGCUAAGGAAGGGUAUGGAAAGAGUUAUUUAUCAUCUGCAGCGAUCAGGCAUCUGUACCGGCUCUACCCACCAGGGAACCAGGAUGAAAGGAUGUCCGUCGCAUACUACUUCUUUGGGGGAACAACCUUUAACUCUACGGAAAAAUCAGUGAACAUUGCACUCAGAUCGAUUAUUUGGCAGCUGACACAGAACGAUGCGGUCUAUCAGAAGAAUGUGGCUUCUGCUUGUGAUAAACCAGAAGAAUUUGGCGAUUCGUUGGAACUUUGGAAACAACUUGUGGUAAAUUUCUCUCCAAAGACCAAUGCUGUUUUCUACAUUGUCCUCGAUGGUAUAGAGGAGCUCGACAGUGAAAUUGGGAAGCCCCUGGUUGAGGUCUUCCGUGACAUAUCUGCCAUGGCAAAUGAAAAGAGUAUGAUGACUGUAAGGUUAUUCAUUACUGGCAGGCCGACCAUUUUCUCUGAAGCUGAGACAGCGCCUGGGGUUUCUCUAUCCACUAUCGAGCUGGGUAUUCGAAACAAAGAGGACAUUGAAAAGUAUAUUGAAAUGCGGAUGGACAACAUGGAAAUUCUCAAAAAUAAGGAGAAACCAGAGAUUAUAGAGCUUAGGGAUCUAAUCAAAACAGGCCUUGGCAAAGCUACCCAGGGUGACUACUUCCAGUUGAAUUAUCUCCUGACCGAAAUCAGUAAGAAGAGGAGGAAGAAGGAGAUUCAGGAGGUACUGGAGCACGCUGGUGAGGAUCGAGAGGCCACAAUAGCUCGUGAGAUUGACCGUCUCAACCAUACUCUCGGAUAUGAAGACAUUCAGGAUCUUGUGGCAAUACUCAGCUGGAUAAUGGGCGCAAAACGUGCGCCAUUUCUAACAACCCUCGAAGGAGUUCUUUUGAUCAAGAACGGCGAGGCGUCUCUUAUGCCACUGGAGGAGCAGGUCCGAACUAAGUAUUCUUCUCUGCUCGAGAUAGCAGAGUAUGACUCUGUUAUACUUCGUUCCAAGGCUAUUCGCGAAUUUUUCAAUAAGCAGACCAAAAAAGAAACCAACGAAGCGAUUGCAAAGACCGAGCUACAUCCAGCCGAGGUAGCAAUUGUGAGGAGGUUUCUUAACAGCGUCUGUGACAAGGAGCUGUUUGAAAAAUUCGGCUUCGAAGAAUUCUUCAAGUCUAAGUUAGGUUCCAAAUCUGCUUCAAUCCGUGUGAACGUGGAGACUCUUAAAAUUUACGUCAUACUUGUGGGUAUGAAGUCCGUCGCAAGUGAUAGGGAUGAAGAGUUGAAGGCCCUGAGGAACGCACAUUUCUACUCCUUCCAGGAGUGCUUGGAAGCGGUUGACCUUGCGCUCACGCAGCCUGAGCCGAAAACCGAGAUUGGUACAUACCUUAUCAAGCACUUUACUGACGAGACGUACAUGAAAAAAUGGUGGAUUGAGGACCGAAUGUUCCAACGAAGUUGGUGGUCGUAUGAGGACAAACAUGUUAAUACGAUGCUUAAAUGGUUCAAAGAUUCCGCCGUUACCAGGAACCUAUCAGCUGAAAUGAAGGAAUGGGUAAAUGGGCUAAUCUCGAACGCCAACCCAAAUGAUGAUCUUCUUUGCCAUACUGCAAAGUACAUUGCAAAGCAAUGGCUACAGACCCUGAAGUGGGAGACUCGCAAUUUUUUCUGGUGGCUACUCGGAUAUGUAACUAAGAUCAAAGCACGUAAAGGGGAAGGUAAGCGGGUUACAUCAGAUGUUUCCCCUACAUUGGAGCAAAUAUACGAUGUGGAAAAAUGGGCAAAGUCUGAACUAGACAUGGACACUCCCGACACACUCUGGGAAGCACAGAUGGGAAUUACCCUGCAAAACUUUGGAUUUUACCAGGAAUCUAUUGAUAGGUGUAUUGCAUCUCGCAAUCUGGACGCUUCAAAUUGGCGUGCCUCUUAUAUCCAAGCUGAAUCAUGCUGGGAAAUGGAUGAUACAAAAGCAUCUCUGGAACUAAUAAUGCCUGUGAUGGAAAGAUUCAGAAAUGAGGAAGCAUUAAGGAUCGAAUACGAAGAAAAGUUUUAUCUUGGAGUUCUUGCGUCCUAUGGAGUAUGGAAUACUGACAUCAAGGAAUACGAUAAAGCCACCGCCGCUUUCCAAGAAAUUCAUGAGCAUGACAUGGACCAGUAUGCGCCCAUAUAUUGGACUUUAGAGUUGCUUGAAAAACAGGAGAAAUACACAGCCAUCAUUGAAACACUUCAAGAUUUGCAAGGCAAGAAAAACAGCAAAGGCCAAAACCGUCUCACAGCAAUGCAUCAUCAAUACGCAAACAAGGGUGAAUACUUCACAAGAUUGAACACGGCUGGAUUUCACUCCUCCAGCAUGGAUGUUGUCCGUGAUUCUAUGUACGAAGCCUUAGCCCCAGAAAGCGUAGUUGGAGUGAUCCCAUACGUUACCUCAUGGCUCAACUACUUCCUCGCCAACUUGUUAUACCAGUAUCCAAGGACUGAUGCAGACAAGGCGGAAGCCAUCAAAAUAUGGGCACAUAUCGUUAACAAAUCCGCCCGUAAGAUUUAUCUUAUGAGCGAGGCUGAUAUCCUAGAGGCGACUACUGAAAAACUGGGAGAGGUAUAUCUUCAUCAAGCUCUCGAUGCUGGAGUCGACACACCGGCUGCCGAGGAGUAUUUGAAGAAAUUGAUGGACUUGCGCCCUGAUGCGAAAGAUGGAACAACUUUCUUCACUUGCCAAAACCUACAAUUCGCGAUCGCCCGACUACAGCAUCUAAUGGGUCAAAAAGAGAAAGCAAUGGAUACUUUGAGGGGACACGUCAAAGUGGCAUUAGACCUGCUUUGUGAUGAUGAUGAUAGCAAUGACUGGGAUGCUUACUUGAGGCUGACAUCUGUAGCACACAUUGAUGAUGAUAUUAAUACUCUCGCUGCCUGGUCUGCGCUUGGACCAUUUGUCCAUACAGAAGAAAUGGAAGAAGAGGCGGAAGAAGAGGAGGUGAAAGAAGAGGAGGUGAAAGAAGAGGAGGUGAAAGAAGAGGAGGUGAAAGAAGAGGAGGUGAAAGAAGAGGAGGUGAAAGAAGAGGAGGUGAGAGGAGAAGAAGAAGCGGAAGACAAAGUGGACGGAACAGAAGACUCUUCGGAAGAGGGAAAUAUUGCGAACGGUGACUGCAAAGACCAAGCAGGUAUUGAUGCAAAGGAAGAAAUUCCCAUACUUACAAGCCUAACGAGUGAGGGUGCGGAAACUGUCAAAUCUGCAGAAAUUACCGAGAUCGAAGUCGAAGAAAUUGAUGUGACAGUGGUAGCAGGAGUAGCAGAGAUCAAGGUGGCUGAAGCGGAAGUUCAAAACGGUGAUACUGAAGAGGGCAAGGAAUCAACGGAUGAAAAUGAAGGGCAAGAAGGCAGGAAUCAAACAGAGGAAGUUGAUGCGGAGGAGGGAGAAGAUGAUGACGAGGAGGACGAGGAUUUAUCCGGGCCCAUCGAAUUGUCUUGCGACGGCAACUGUGGACGUGAAUGGACUUGGGCGAGUGAAUUUCAUGCAUGCAAAGACUGCUUGGAUGUACAGUUUUGCAACGACUGUUAUAAUGAGAUGAAAAACAACGGCAAGGACAUGAGACUGUGUGGACGGAAUCACAGCUUCGUAUUUGUUCCCUGCUGUGACGCAGAUACUGCAAGGCAGGUGCCCAAGGGGUCCAUUCGGGUUGGAAGCGAAAUCAUACCUGUUCAUGAAUGGGUAGAGCGGCUGAGGGUACAAUGGGGAAUUGUAGAGGAAAAGGUGGAUGAGGAGAAGUCGAAGGAGGAAACAUCUACGUAA